CCUGUUUCGAAACCCAGCCCUAGGGUUUUUGUCUCUUCUUCCUUUUCGCUCUCCUGAUCGCCGGUGCCCGCCGAGUAGCCGUUGCUUUUCGAUCUUCUUCAGCAAAUUCCCGCCAUCUUCACGUCUCUCCCUGUGCUCCGGCGGCGACGCAGCUUCGUCGGCGGGCAGAGAUGCAGACCUCGCAGCAGAAAACCCUAGACUUAACCUACACUAAGCCGCUCUACGUUGAAGAUGCGGAUCAUCGCACAAUAGAAAGCAUGCAAUUUUCCACCAUGUCGCAGUCUGAUGUACUAAAUGCGGCUGAAUGCCAAGUGCAAUUGCAUGACGGCGGUGAAUACCCUAGAAAGGAAAACGAAUACUACGAUCACGGGAAUCCCGUCCGAGGUGGCUUGUUGGAUCCCAGAAUGGGUCCUGCAAAGAAAUUUGGUAUGGCGUGUGAGACAUGUGGUGGUAGCUUCAACGAUUGUCCUGGGCACUUUGGAUACAUAUCGCUUGAGCUUCCAGUGUUCAAUGUUGGAUACCUGAGUACUGUUCUAGACAUUUUGAAGUGUGUUUGCAAGUCUUGUUCCCAUAUGCUUCUGGAUAAGGAGUUACGUGACGACUAUCUAAGGAAGAUGCGAAAUCCCAAGCUCAGUCCUCUGAAGAAGACUGCUCUGAUGAAGACUAUUGUCAAGAAAUGCAGCACAAUGGCGAGUGGAAAAUCUAUCAAGUGCCCCAGAUGUGGAGAAAUGAAUGGAAUGGUAAAAAAGGAGGGAGGUUGUCUAGUUCAUGACCAGACAAAGUCAGGCAAUGACUUUCCCAAUGAUUGUCAAUCUGCAAUUUCACACACCAAGGAUUCAAGGACUCACAUUAAUCGUUCAACUUACUAUCUCAACCCUGCCAAAGUGCUCAAGAUAUUCAAGCAUAUAUCGGAUAAGGAUUGUGAAUUGCUUUAUCUUGGUGAUAGACCUGAAAAGCUCAUUUUUGAAAAGAUUGCUGUGCCACCUGUUGCUAUAAGACCAUCAGUUCCUGUGGACGGAACAAACAGCAAUGAAGAUGAUAUCUCAGAGCGAUUGAGACUAAUUAUGGUUGCAAAUGCCGCCCUCCGGAAUGUGAUGCUGGAAGGAAUGAGCAAACGUCUGGAUAAAUGGGAUUACCUUCAAGCUAUGGUUUCACUCUAUGUAAAUAGUGACACUCGCAUCCCAAGUAAUGUUCUAAUUGAAGUUGGCAAACCCUUAAGUGGAAUGACUCAUCGCCUAAAUGGGAAAAAUGGGCGGUUUCGGGGCAACUUAUCAGCAAAGCGUUCUGAAUAUACUGCCAGAACGGUUAUAUCUCCAGACCCUAAUCUGAAAAUAAACGAGGUAGCAGUCCCAACCCGUAUGGCACUAAUUUUAACUUUUCCGGAGCGUGUUACUCAUCAUAAUAUUGAGAAGUUGAAGCAGUGUGUCAGGAAUGGCCCACUGAAAUAUCCUGGUGCAAAGAUGGUCAGAUAUCCUGACGGCACGUCAAAGAUGUUACAAGGCAACUACCGAAAACGUGUUGCUGAGGAGCUUACAAUUGGUUGUAUUGUAGAUCGCCAUUUGGAAGAUGGUGAUGUUGUUCUUUUUAACAGACAACCAAGCUUGCAUCGAAUGUCUAUUAUGUGCCAUAGGGUUAGAGUUAUGCCCUGGAGGACAUUGAGAUUUAACGAAUCAGUUUGCAAUCCAUAUAAUGCCGAUUUUGAUGGUGAUGAGAUGAAUAUGCAUGUCCCACAAACAGAAGAGGCUCGUACAGAGGCUCUGACACUGCUGGGGGUGCAAAACAAUUUGUGCACACCAAAAAAUGGGGAGAUUUUAGUUGCUUCCACUCAAGAUUUUUUGACAACUGCAUUUCUCAUAACAAGAAGGGAUACAUUCUAUGACCGAGCAACAUUCUCACUUUUGUGCUCCUACAUGGGUGAUGCAAUGGAUUCUGUGGAUUUGCCUACACCUGCAAUAUUGAAGCCAAUAGAGCUCUGGACUGGCAAACAACUUUUCAAUGUUCUACUGCGCCCCAAUGCAAAUGUGAGAGUGUAUGUCAACCUGACUGUCAAGGAGAAAAAUUACUCCAAGCCUCAGAAAGGGGAUAAAAGAGAAAAGGAAACAAUGUGCCCUAACGAUGGAUUUGUUUAUUUUCGGAACAGUGAGUUAAUAUCUGGACAACUGGGGAAGGCUACCCUUGGAAAUGGUAACAAGGAUGGCCUGUAUUCUGUUCUCCUUAGAGAUUACAAUACAUUUGCUGCUGCUGUUUGCAUGAAUCGACUAGCAAAGUUGAGUGCUCGGUGGAUUGGAGAUCAUGGCUUCUCCAUUGGAAUUGAUGAUGUUCAGCCAGGAAAAAGGUUGAGUGACGAGAAGGGAAGAACCAUUUCAAAUGGUUAUCAACACUGCAACAAAAUAAUUGAGGAGUACAAUAAAGGAAAGCUUGCACUCAAACCUGGUUGUGAUGCAACUCAAACUUUGGAAGCCGAGAUAACUGACAGAUUGAAUAAACUGAGAGAAGAAGCUGGGGAUGUGUGCAUGAAAGAAUUGCACUGGCGAAACAGUCCAUUGAUUAUGUCACAGUGCGGAUCCAAAGGUUCACCCAUCAAUAUCAGUCAGAUGAUUGCAUGUGUUGGUCAACAAUCAGUUGGUGGCCGCCGUGCUCCAGAUGGAUUCAUAAAUCGAAGUCUUCCUCAUUUCCCUCGAAUGUCCAAAACCCCUGCUGCUAAAGGAUUUGUGGCUAACUCAUUCUACAGUGGAUUGUCCGCUACUGAGUUUUUCUUCCAUACAAUGGCUGGUAGAGAAGGUUUAGUGGACACAGCGGUGAAAACUGCUGAUACAGGAUACAUGUCCCGUAGGCUGGUGAAAGGCCUUGAAGAUUUAUCCAUUCGGUAUGAUAACACUGUUCGUAGUUCAAAUGGUAUUAUAGUGCAAUUCAUUUAUGGGGAUGAUGGUUUAGAUCCGGUGAAAAUGGAGGCGAAAGGUGGAUUCCCAUUAAAUUUUGAUCGAUUGCUCAUGAAAGCAAAGGCAACCUGUCCCGUGGAAAAAGAUGACUACUUAUCUCCUUCAGAUAUGUUCAAGACCUUUGAAGAUUUAUUGCUAGAUUAUCAGACUCUUGACAACCCUUGUUCGGAGGCCUUCCGAGAAAGUCUCUGCAAUUUUGGUUCCAAGUGUGUUAAGCGAUUAGAGAGUAUGCUAAGGAAGGUGAAUGACCAAGAGGGAGGAAUAUCUAAUGGUACAGAAGAUGCUGAAUCUGCACAAGGAAAUAAUUGGGCUACCUGCAAAGUUGUCUAUAAAAUAUAUGGUGUUACCAAAAAUCAGCUGAAGGUUUUCCUGAGAACUUGCUUUGAUCGUUACCUUUGGAAGAGGAUUGAACCUGGAACUGCAAUUGGAGCAAUUGGAGCUCAAAGUAUUGGAGAACCAGGGACACAGAUGACACUGAAAACUUUUCACUUUGCUGGAGUUGCAAGCAUGAAUAUCACACAGGGAGUUCCUCGUAUCAAAGAAAUCAUAAAUGCAGCUAAAAAGAUCAGCACACCCAUCAUAACUGCUGAGCUCGAGAAUAAUACUAACGUAAACGCUGCUCGAGUUCUAAGAGGGCGUAUUCAGAGAACUAUUUUAGGCCAGGUUGCAAAAAGUAUCAAAAUUGUGAUGACUCCAAGAUCAGCUUCUGUUAAAGUUGCACUUGACAUGGAAGCAAUUCAGGAGGCUCAACUAGCCCUGGAUCCUAACAUUGUAAGGGAAGCGAUUUUACGGGUUCCAAGAUCAAAAAUAAAUCCAAAGCAUCUGAACGUUGUGGAUCAGACGUUGGAAGUAUCUCCACAGGGUAACAGAAAUAAACUACACUUUGAACUCCAUCAUUUCAAAAACAUGCUCCCAAAUGUUGCAGUGAAGGGCAUCAAAACAGUUGAACGAGCUAUUAUUGCCCAGAAAAAGCGUGAUGGUGGUGGCGAAGAUCAAGAGACCCCAAAGUACAACAUGUUGAUAGAAGGGUUAGUUGUUUUUUUUGGGCUUCUAGAGGUGAUGGGAACCGAAGGGAUUGAUGGGAAGAACACGACAAGUAAUCACGUUAUAGAAGUCAUGCAAGUGCUAGGAAUUGAAGCAGCAAGAAGGUGCAUCAUUGAACAGAUCAAAGACACCAUGGAAAGCCACGGCAUGAGCAUAGACAUGCGCCAUAUGAUGCUUUUAGGAGAUCUGAUGACAUUUCAGGGUGAAGUGCUUGGGAUCACAAGAUACGGUAUCCAGAAAAUGGACAAGAGUGUGUUGAUGUUGGCUUCCUUUGAGAGAACAGCGGACCACCUUUUCAAUGCAAGCGUGAACGGGAGAGUAGACAAGAUAGAAGGGGUCAGUGAAUGCAUCAUAAUGGGGAUCCCUGUCCGCUUGGGCACCGGAAUGCUCAAAGUCCGCCAAAGGGCUGAUUAUGCCCCGACCAUGUUGCGGUAUGGACCGGAUCCUAUUGUGGCUUAGAAGAUUGGCUGGUUGGCUGGCUGGCUGGCUUCAUAGGAUAGAAGUUGCAAACGAUGUUAGAAGAAGCUGGUUUUGGUCUGUUUUCAUUCAAUAUUUCUUUUCAAUUACGGCAUUAACACAACCCCUUGGAGACAGUAGGAGGAUUUUCAUGUAUUGAUAAAGGUGAUGCUACCUUGUUCUAAUAAGUUUCGACCGAGCAAAUAGGCAAAUGAAACUACUAGUUCUAGUUAAAGCAGGGUG